AUGUCUAACUUAACUACAUCUAUUCAAUUGACAAAAGAUAGCAGGUAUAGGUUGAACAAUGGGUAUCAUAUACCCGUAAUGGCAUAUGGAGUUUAUCUUGUUCCCAAGGAGAAGGCGGCAGAAUUAGUAUAUCAAGCGUUAGUUGAUGGCUACAGACACAUUGAUUCUGCAGUGGCAUACAAGAAUCAAAGGGAAUCUUCACAAGGUAUAGCUAAAUUUUUAAAAGAGCAUCCCGAUAAAGCGACUAGGGAAGACAUUUGGUUUACAACUAAAAUUGCAAAUGGCCAACAAGGCUACGAGGAGACCCGGAAGGCAAUCGAAGAAAUUGCUGCCGAUGUGAAAGAGUACAUCGAUUAUGUUGAUCUCGUGCUCAUUCAUUCACCUAAAACCAGCAAAGAGAAAAGAUUGGGCACUUGGAAAGCUCUUCAAGAAUAUGUGUGCAACCCAUCCAAUUCUAUUUUAAACGUGCAUUCCAUAGGUGUUUCUAAUUAUGGAAUUCCACACUUAAAAGAGUUAUUGGGUUGGGAGGGCUUAUUGGUAAAGCCGGUUGUCAAUCAAUUGGAAUUGCAUCCUUGGCUCCCGCAUUUGAAAUUGAGAGAAUAUCUCGUUGAAAAUGACAUCUUGGCGGAAGCUUAUUGUCCUUUGACCCACGGUUUCAAGUUAAACGACCCUGAAUUAUUAGAGUUGGAGAAGAAAUAUGGUAUACUGAAAAUAGAAAUUUUAUUAAAGUGGUCCCUUUUGCAAGGCUUUAUUGUGUUGGUGAAGACUGAGAAGGUAGAAAGACUCAAACAAAACUUAGAUGUAUUACCUGAUGGACACCCUGACGAAUUGGGCGGUACCUCUUUCGGAAAAGUUGAUUUGGAUGAAGGAAUCUUAGAGAAACUAAACAAACCUGAAUCUCAUGAUGUUUUAACAUGGAACGGUAUAGACCCAACGCUUUAUAAAGAUCCAUAA